UUGUCUGAUGUCAGAAUUUCCGAGCAGCACUUGAACGCACCUGUGAGGUUUGAUGAGCUUCGGUGGAGCUGAUUUAAAAUCUGAGUCCCGCUUGUCAGCAGCGCUCGUUUCAUGCACUCAUUUGGUGUGUUAAAUGGAGCUGGAGGACCAAUGGUGGAAGGGACAACUUGCUGCAGACAUUUAUCAGGCGCUGAGACACAAA